GCUCCGCUCAAGAUGACCGCUGCGGACGUCCCCUCUUUUGCGCUGAAUAAUGGCAGCACGGUACCGUCAAUUGGAAUGGGGUGCUGGAUGGGUUCGCCCGGUGGAGGCGAGCGAGUGAAGGAGAUGUGCGACAAAGCACUAACAGUUGGAUAUCGUCAUUUUGAUACGGCUUCCGGGUAUGCCAACGAGGCGAAAGUAGGCCUUGCGAUCGCUGAAUCUGGCAUUCCAAGAGAACAACUAUACGUUACCACUAAGCUAUGGAAUGGUGAUCAUCACCGUGUCCGCGAAGCAUUUGAGGAGUCGCUUGCUAAACUCAACUGUGAUUAUAUCGACUUGUAUCUGAUGCACUGGCCUCAAGCAGUCAGUGCGCAAGGUGUCACACUUCAAGCGGACGAAUAUCCGACGAUUAUCGACACUUGGAAGGAGAUGGAGAAAUUGGUCGACACUGGCAAAGUGAAAUCCAUCGGCGUGUCCAACUUUUCUAUUAAGACCCUCACCCGGCUGCUUCCGCACUGCAGGAUCUUUCCAGCGACGAAUCAAGUCGAGCUACACCCCUACUUGCCCCAAACUAAACUCAAAGCAUUCUGCGAAGAGCGUGGUAUCCUGCUUACUGCUUACUCGCCAAUCGGUAGCCCGUAUGCCUCAAGCGGCGGCCUUGACACCACGGUGCCCACAUUGGUAGCGGACCCCACUGUGCAAGCAAUCGCCGAUAAGCACGGCGCAACUCCAGCGCAGGCGCUCAUCAACUGGGCUGUCCAGCGGAACACGAUUGUCAUCCCGAAGAGCGAGAACCUGGACCGCAUGACGGCCAACAUCACACUUGUGAAAUUGGACGAUGCCGAUAUGCAGGCUCUGAAUGUCCUGCACGAGAGACCAGGGAUGCAUCGCUCACUGCUCAGUUCGUAUCAUGACAACAACGGUUCCGUGUUCGGUUGGACCUACGAACAACUCGGAUGGGACAUGAAGCUGGGAGGGAUUGUCGCGGAACAGUCCCGAUCUUUACUAUGA